UUUACCAAAAAAUAAAAAGGUCUAAAACUUGGAAAAAAAUGUACAGUGUAAUAUUAUGGAAUUAUUUUGAAAAGUGAUUAAGGAAGUGAUAUUGUUCUUUUUAAACGAAAUUGUACAGUAUUGAAUCGAUACUUUUGAUGUUGAUGUAUCAAAGAUACUAUGGAUUAAAUGGAUAAUUUAACGUGCAAGUCUGUGAAAAUGGAUUUGAGACAAUAAUGGACUUUUUAGAUAAUAUUAUAAGAAAAAUAUGUAAUAAUAUAAUUACUUAUCCGCGCAGCUAUAACGUGUUAUACAAUAUAUGAAUUUGUUCAAAAUGUGAAAAUUACAUAUUUACGAUUAACAUUUUUGUCUGAUAAUACAUAAGUGCUGUAUAAGUACCACUAUUGAUGUGUUUUUCGUGUCGGUGCAUUCACCGAUUCUUUUGAUGGAGUUGCGCACAGUGAGUGGAUUUAUUCACAUCUUCAUUAUGGAACCAAAGUAUUUUGCAUAUGUGUGGAUUUUACUCCAUGGAUUUAUAUGCCAGCUGGCCGCCCUGGACCUUUCCUCUGAUGCCGGCCUGCACAACUUCAAAAAACGAACUCAGUGUCGUGACUCUCUGGGCAUGCAGUCCGGCGCCAUUCCUGACUCAGCGAUCACAGCCAGCUCUUCUUUCGAUGAUGACACUGUCGGACCGAAGUUUGCAAGGAUACGUACAGAGACGAUGGGAGGAGCCUGGUGUCCCAAACCGAUGAUCAGCCAGAACUCGUAUGAGUACCUGCAGAUUGACCUCGGCAAACUCUCCGUGGUAACCAUGGUGGAGAUCCAGGGACGCUUUGGGAAUGGCCAGGGUCAGGAGUACACAGAGCAGUUCCUGUUGGAAUAUCAGAGGGAGGACAUGGGCGAGUGGAUGAGAUUCAGGGACAAGCAGGGGACAGAGUUGUUCAAGGGCAAUGAGAACACGUACCUGACAGAAAUGAGGGAGGUAACUCCGCCAAUAAUAGGCCGCCGUGUCAGGUUCAUCCCGUAUAGCAAGACUCUCCGUACCGUGUGCAUGCGGGUUGAGAUAUACGGCUGCAAGUGGGAAGAUGGUGUGGUGUCGUACAGCGUACGUCAGGGAGACCGACGUGGCUCGGAGCUAGACUUUGUGGACUUCACGUACGACGGCAUGAUCCAGGAGAACUUCCUGUUGGAGGGGCUGGGUCAGCUGACAGAUGGGGAGAUAGGGGACUACAACUUCAGGCUCGACAACGAAGAUCUGCGGAUAAAAGGAUAUGAGUGGGUGGGCUGGCGUAAUGACACUCAGGACUUCCAGGGCCCUCUGAUCAUCACGUUCAAAUUUGACCAAGUGCGCAACUUCAGCAAAGUCUUCAUCAACUGCAACAACCUUUUCUCCAAGGAAGUUCGUGUUUUCAAGGUGGCACUGGUUUACUUCAGCGUGGGUGGGAAUCUCUACCAGAACUCGCCGGUGAAGUAUGACUUUAUUCGGGACGACGUGGUGGAGUAUUCGAGACCCGUGAUGAUCAAACUCAACAACAACGUGGGCCAGUACGUCCGUUUGCAGUUGUACUUUGAUGCCAAGUGGAUCAUGAUCAGUGAGGUGCAGUUCAUAUCAGAGCCUGCAACUGGCAACUUCACAGAGGAGGUUCCCCCCGCAACCUUGAAACCCCCGCUGGUGCCUCCCAAACCAGAGGACAAGUACUACGAACAUGAGCUGAACAUUGGCAAGGAUGGCAAGGGAACGCAUGCAGGCAAUGUAGAGCCAGAGAAAGCUCCCAACCAGCAGACACCAGGAAGUGACAUCAUCGGUAUCAUCAUCGGUUCCCUAGCAGGGCUCAUUGCCAUUCUCAUUGCCAUAGUGAUUUUUAUUGUGUGCCGACACCGGCGGAAUAAGAAUAACAACCGGCGCAUGAAGACAGCCCUUGCGGAUACACACAACCAGAUCACCCUAAAUAUGUCUGACCUGCAGGGGACACACACCAACGGCAAGGUGCUCAACGGACACAUGUACAACGGGGUCCCUCUCACGGAGCUCGAGUCUGACAGGGAAUGCUGCAGCGGGCGCCCAAAGCACAAUGGUCAUCGCGAAACGAAGGACUCAGUUAUCGUAAAUAGGGGCAGCAUGGCCCCUAAUUUAACUGACCUCCCAGAAUUACCUUCACCAGCAGAAAGCCAGGAUUACGCUGUCCCCGAUGUCACCAAGUCAGCCCUUAUGACCUUUCCACAGGCGCGCAAGCAGAACAAUCUCGACAAGCCGCCCCCACAGUAUGACGCCCUCUACGCUGCAGCCGACAUUGUCAGCACCCAGGUCCCCAAUAUACCUUCACUACAGGGUGUGAGUGGUAACAAUGUGUACGCUGUUCCCAAUGCAGAGCUGCUUCUCAGCAUUGAUGUUUCUGUCAAUGAAUUCCCACGCGAGAACCUACGCUUCAUUGAGGUGUUGGGACAGGGGCAGUUUGGAGAGGUUCACCUGUGUGAUGCAGUGAACAUGAGCCACUUUGUGGAGGAAGACUUCAUAAUGAAUUGCACACUGUCCAGACCGUGCCUGGUGGCCGUCAAAAUACUCAGAACCAACGCAGAGGACAGAGCCAGAAAGGACUUUCUGAAGGAGAUUAAGAUCAUGUCCCAGCUACGGGAUCCCAACAUCGUGCGUGUUCUGGGCGUGUGUACGGGGGAGGAGCCAUUGUGUAUGAUAGUAGAGUACAUGAAGUAUGGAGACCUCAACCAGUUUCUGCUGGACCACGUGCUGGAGACGCCUUCCGCACAGGCUAUCAACGCUAAAAUACUCAGCUACGGGUGCCUGAUCUACAUGGCGUCCCAAAUUGCCUCUGGCAUGAAGUACCUCGAGUCUCUGAACAUGGUGCAUCGUGACCUCGCUGUACGCAACUGUCUUGUUGGCAUGAACUUCACCAUCAAGAUUUCUGAUUUUGGGAUGAGUCGGAUUUUGUACAGUGCUGACUAUUACAAGAUAGAGGGGCGAGCUGUGCUUCCGAUACGAUGGAUGGCAUGGGAGUCAAUACUACUGGGCAAGUUUACGACAAAGUCUGAUGUCUGGUCAUUUGGAGUGACGCUAUGGGAAAUAUUGACUUUUGCCCGUGAUCAACCGUAUCAUAAUCUAAGUGAUGAUCAAGUGAUCGCCAAUGCGGGGCAUUUCUACAGAAGCGACGGACAGCAGAUGCUUCUACCACAGCCCAUUGUUUGCCCCCGUGAGAUUUAUGACAUGAUGAUCGAAUGUUGGAACCGCUCCGACUGUGAGCGACCCACAUUUAAAGACAUUCACAUGUUCUUGUUACGAAAGAACAUGGGAUACAAUCCAAAAGAUGAAAAGAUGAACCAAUUAAAAGUUCCAGUGUGUUAGUUACAGUGACUAAAUAUCGAAGUUAAACUGGACAACUAAGCUAUUGACUCAUUCUGUUCUCUGCCAAGAAUUGUCAGCAAGAUAAAGCUUGAAGCCUUCAUCACUUCUUUUAGUGUCCCAUUGUGCUAUUUACUAAGAAAUGUCUCAGUCCACGAUUUGAGUAAAUGAUAACUUAUAUUAUAACUUUCUUAAUUUGUGCUAACUGUUAUAUUUAUAUUCUGUUAUAUUUAUAUAUGACCGGUUUAUAAUUUUCAAAUUAAAAAAAAACUCUGCAGUGUUUGCAAUAAAGUGUAAAAAUUAUUAAGUUGAAAGAAUUAAGAGUAUGGUGAUUUAGCAUAUAUAUUAUUUGAAAGAAAGCUUGAAGCCUCCAUCACAGCCCAUGACUUGAGAAAAUAGUAACUUUUUGAAUUUGUGCCUACCAUUUUAUUAUUUUACGUCAGAUUCACAUGUCUAUGUUUUAAAAAACUCUGCAGUGUUUGCAAUAAAAACCACAAAUACUUAUGUUAUAAUAAAUUAUAAUAAAAGAGUCUACAUAUAACGGUAUUUGCAAAACAAUUUAAAAAUGACGAUUUCAUACAUAAUGAAUUGUUACAUUUAUAUCUUAGAAAGCUGCAUUUGCUACAUUAGUACAUCCAGGUCUUACAAUUAAGUCAUUGUUGAUAAUUAAAAGAGAAGGAAAGUGUCAAGGAUUUCUUCUUUUAAAAGUUUGAAAUUAAUUUGUUCACAACGGAAGUAGUAUACCUUCUUGCUCCAAACGUAUUUAAGUGCAAUGUGUACCCUGUAGUAUACAGUCAGACUUUGUUACAUCAAAUCAGUCUAAGAAACUUGUUGACAGUUUGACCAAAAAACAAUUCUCGAACAACUGUCCUAGAUUCAAGAAAAGAAUGCUGUAUUGAAACCCUCGCAAUAACACUCACGAAUAUAAAGCAUGUUAACAAUGCUAAAUCACUUAUGAAUAGUAAUCAAUAGCAUUCUGCACAAUAAUGUUUUGAGCUAAAUGUAUGUAGAUGUCAUUCAUAAAGAAAUGAAAAUUUAAUGGCAAGUUCAAAAUAUCUUUCCGUUUACAACGACCCUGUGCUAGAUUUUUGUGCUUGAUUUUAUAACUGAUGUUUAAACUUUAACAUUGAUGUUGAAAGUCUUAAUUUAUGAAAACACGAUCGUACACGACUAAAUAUAACAUUAUAUGUGUUUAUUGAAGUUCGUAAAAUUGUGAAGUUGGAAUGUAAAUUGACUUUAAAUAUUAAUUAACCGUCUUGGAGUAGCAAUGUUCAACUGUUUAUGUAAGAAUAGUAUUUGCGGGGUACAUAAUGCUUAGAAUACUUCAAAAUCUGACGACGAUUGUUCAUGUUCAGCCAUGUAUUACACUAAUUUUAUUAUUCCUUUUUUUUUACAUUGUCAUUGAACAAUUGUGUACAAUUAUACCAGUCUAAAAUGCUAAUCAAAUUGCUAUCAAGUAAUUAUUCGUUACCGGUUUCUAAUGCCAUUUUUGUAUUGUUGUUGUUGUUUAUUUUUUUUUUAGUUCAUAAUUAUUCUUUAGAUGUUUUCAUAUUGACCUCAAAAUGAUUUGAGCUGCGUCAUGCGAAAAUGGGUCUUAUUUAAUGUGCGCCAGAAAAGCCUGUUUAUUGGUCACUCUGGUCAGGAGCUUUAUGUAGGCUAGCUUAUUUUUAUCAAAGUGCUGUAACAUAAUGUGUGUUGUACUUUACUUUCAUAGUCUUCAGUAAACAUUUAGAGGAUAACAGUGAUAUCUAAGACGUUUAAUCCAUAAAUAUCUCUGAUUUCAUGUGCAUAAUAUUUCAUUCCAUUCAUAUUUCACAUGUCAGCUGUAAAUAUCAUUUACGUUUUGUACAUAGAUAUAAGCUGUGCUUGAGAAAAUCAGGGCUUAAUGCAUGUGCAUAAAAUGUUCCAGAUUAGCAUGCGCUAUAAUCAGGGAAGACACUUUCCGCUUUUAUGGUAAUUUUAGUUUAGAAGAAAUCUCUCUUGAGUGAAAUUCCUGUUUAUGUCUGAGCUGUUGGUACUGAUAAGCCUGUGCAGACUAAACAGAGACAAGAAUUUAUGCAAAUACUUUAAGCCCUGAGUGCAGCUGAUAUUAUAUGUUGGUAGUCAUAUAUUUGAAUAAGUCAUGUGCUUUUUUAUGCCCCCCUUCGAUGAAGAGGGGGUAUAUUGUUUAAUGGAUGUCGGUUGGUCUGUCUGUCUGUCGGUAGACCAGUUCGCUUCCGAUCAAUAACUCAUCAAUGGAUUGACCGAUUGGCUUGAAAAUUCACAUGUGGAUUUGCCAUGGUCAGUAGAUUACCCCUAUUGAAAUUGAGGUCACUAGGUCAAAAGUCAAGGUCACUGUUGCAAUAAGUGUGAAAAUCGUUUCCGAUCAAUAACUUGUCAACUAAUUGUUUAAUUGGCUUGGUACUUCACGUGUGAAUUGGCCUUGGGCAGUAGAUGACCCCUAUUGAAAUAAGGGUCACUAGGUUAAAGGACAAGGUCACUGUCUCAAUAAGUGUGAAAAUCGUUUCUGAUGAAUAACUCGUCAACGGAUUGACCGAUUGGCUUGAUACUUCACAUUUGCAUUGGUCUUGGACAGUAGAUGACCCAUAUUGAAAUUUGGGUCACUAGUUAAAAUGUCAAGGUCACUGUCGCAAUAAGUGUGAACAUCGUUUCUGAUUAAUAACUCUUCAAUCAAUUGACCGAUUGGCUUGAUACUUCCCAUGCUCAUAGACCUUGAAAGUAGAUGGCCUCUUUUGAAAUUCGGGUCACUUGAUCAAAGGUCAAGGUCAAUGUCACAAGUGUGGAAAUCAUUUCCGAUAAAUAACUCAUCAACAAAUAGACUGAUUGUCUUGAUACUUCACACGAGCAUUGGCCUUUGACAGUAGAUAACCCCUAUUGAAAUUGGGGUCACUAGUUCAAAGCCCUGAUUGGGGGGGGGGGCAUAUGUCUCCAACCGCGGAACUCUUGUUUCUAUUAUUUUGGUGCUUAAUACUCGUCAUACGUAAAGUUGUAAAAUAAUUGACUCAAAUAAUCUGAAUUUGUUCUCGUUGUUUUCUUUACUUAAAUUAUAAUAAUAAGUAAACUUGCAAGUUGAACUGUCGUUGGUUUUGAAUGGUCAAUUAUGCUCUGAAACAAUGCCAUCAAAUAAUUGGUGUACCAAGUCAAGAGUUGAUCAUCAAACGGUGGUAGCCGCCCUGCAAUUUAAUAUCUGGAACAAUAGUUAUGCUGCCCCCCAUAUUGCUUUGAUGGUUUUCAUAUGUAGCCUAUAAAAUACGCAGUUUAAGGCAUGUAUGCACAUAUGGACAUCGGUCUGAAUAAACAUUGUAUGUUCAUGAUUUACUGUUAGACCAAUCAGAAAUAUUCUAAGAAAUCAUAUAACAUAUGUGAAAUAAAAAAGCAUUUCAGAUUUGCAAGUGGAGCCAUGUGUUAUUAUCAAAGUUUGAAGCAAGAUUUUUAUUCAUUCAUUACAAUGGAACCACAAAGAGAAUAACUGUUCACUUACUAGGUUGUUAAUUUGAUUCAUUUUUAUGCAUUUUCAUUUUAGUUUAACUCACAAGAUUGUGUGAAUUUGUAUAGAUCUGAAUUGGUGUGUAAACAGUUUCUUUUGGCACAUAGGCACAUGGAGCAAAGUGUUCAUAGAACAAUUAUAUCUAGUCAGAUGUAAGGUGUAUGAGUUAUUUUCGUGUUCAAAGUGUAAUAUACGCCUAGCCUAACCCUGUUGUGUUUGAUUGUUUCCACGCCAGUGAUAGUUUAAUGUUAUCACUUGGCAGAUUUACAGCAAUUGAACACUUUUGUCAUCUACCCAUUCAUAUUGAAUGAAGAUUGUUUCUAAUUAUGAUCUGACUUGCUAUUAUAGUCUCAUUAUUAUGUGUACAUGCUGUUGUUAUUUUGUGAACAUGAAAAUGAUAUGUGAGUUAGAACAGGAAUACAAACACAAACUUAUUUACACGUGUCUUUACAAUCUCAGUUGCAUAUUUUGCAAUGACAUAAAUAUUAUGUGCAUAAUCAAGUGAGUUUUAUGAACAUAAAAACGUGGUUGUUGUUCUUAUUUAACUUUGUAUUAUAUAUUAUGGUACCAGAUACCUAUUCAUUCUACUGUAGAUGCAAUACACAUUGAAAGCAAAAAGCAUCUGAAUAAAUAUUCUUACAUAGGUCAAUUAAGCAUAUAAAAAUCAUAUAUAUUUAUUUUGCUUAAUAGGGGUAUUCUUUAUAAACUUGUUUUAUUUUUUUAUGAUACCUGUUUAAUGUAUAUUGGUAUUACAAAUACAUGCAGAAAACGCGAUACAAAUAAUGUUCAGAGGUUACUUAUAUAAAAAUUAUACAAUAAGUACAAUAUUUUAUUACAAGUUCAUUUUUUCUAUGUGGUAUUUCUGUCUGAAUGAUUGCAAUGAUUGUCCUAUUUGUCAUUGUAUA